AAAGGAUGAACUUGCAGAAGACAAAAAAAUAUUUGAAUUAUUAUUAAAUAUCAUUUCUUCAAAUAUUCAAAACGAUAGUUUUUACAAUGUAUAUAGAAAAUUAAAACAGCCCUUAAUAACCGAAACAAGAGCUUGUCAAGAAGCUUUAACAGCAAGAACGCAACAAAAAACUUGGAGCCUCCACGUAAUUCAAAACUUGCAUUCUAUUUGA